GACAAGCGCACACGCAGACCAGUCCACAUUUCUUCUCCAGCCAUGGACAAGCGACUCCGACGCAAGCAAGCUUUUCCUAUUAAGAAAGAAUCAGGUGUUGGUAAGAAAGGCAAUUCCAACCACGGGAAAAAUCCCGGUCGACUACAUUCAGGACUUUUCCUACAGCUCGGUGUUAAGGUAAAUUUUAUUGAAGACUUUAAGAACAAGAGUGAAGUUUAUUCCGUCAUGGGGAAGUUCAGUGACGUGACAGAAGCAAGUAUUGUUGAUGUCAUAAACCCGAGUGUGUCGUCAGCAAAUGGUGAUAAGUUAACAAGUCAGCCAGUGACGAAAAGGUGUGACGUCAUCAGUGAUGGGAGUUCGGCGUGUUCGUUAUUCGAUGACCUGCUGGCGUGCCCUUAUUGCGAGCGAGGAUAUAAACGGAUGACAUCACUAAAGGAGCACAUCAAAUAUAGACACGAAAAGAACGAAGACAACUUCACCUGUUCAACUUGCGGUUACACCUUUGCGUACAAGACUCAACUCACAAGACACAUGGCUGCUCAUAAACCCGGGAGAGAUAAGGUUUGCAAAGUUUGCGGCAAAGCUUUCAUCAACAUUUAUCGCCUACAACGUCAUAUGCUGACGCACAAUGCAGGAAAUCGUAAGUUUAGUUGUGACACGUGCGGCAAAGCUUUCAAAUACAAACAUCAUCUGAAGGAACAUAGUCGAAUCCAUAGCGGCGAAAAGCCGUACAUGUGCCCGAAUCCACGUUGCAUGAAAAGGUUUUCGCAUUCUGGCUCAUACAGCUCACAUGUAAGCAGCAAGAAAUGCAUCAACUCAUCAAGAAUGGAAUUAUCACGUCAUCAAAACUCGUCUGUGACGUCACCAUAUGGCUUUGUGACGUCGAAACGUGAAUGGAAUGAAGGACAACCGGACGAGUCCAGUUUGGAAAAGGAUGGAAAUAAUAGCAUAAUGAUGCAGCUUGUGGAAAACACGAGCGUUAUCGAUAAUGAAGAAACGCGGAAGCGCGAUGAAGGUCAGAGAAUGGAAGACGACGAUUGGUCAGUGAUUGAGAAAGAAUCUUUCACGAUUUCGAAGGAAAACGAAGUUCAAACGUCACAACAAACGUUUAUUACGUCACGAGGGGAUUUUAUCUCGGACGAAAACGCGAGUGGAACCGUCAAGGACAACAACAACAAUCCACUGGACACCCCGUCAUAUCACAACUCUGGAACAGAAAGCUCAGGCUCAUCGAGCUCCGAAAACUUGAAUAGUUUAAAACUGUUACGUCAUAAAAUUGUGACGUCAAAUUACCCUGACGUCAUUACAUCGACCGCGGCAUCCAGCGAAUCCAAUUUUGGGAAUUGGAACGACUCACUGCGGGGACAAGACUCUUUUACCGCCCGCCGAAUAAUGAAAACCAGCCCAAUCUCCGAAAACAACACCCAGGAACCGUUUGGCAAGCAGCAGCAGCGACAUCGUCUGGACCAAAAUAUUCUCCAAGAGCUGAAAGGAUCGGCUGAUAACGUCACAAACAAAAGUUACGUCAUGAAUAACUUUCUCAGCAGUGUACAAGCAAAUGGGGACCGACCUUGGAUCCCGAACCUGUUUGACGAAAAGUCGCUCUCACCACGUCACAAUACCGAGCCUACGUCACCGCCAAGAUCUGUUACUACGUCAUCACAUAGUUAUGACGUCACAAAAAGAUACCGUGACGCAUGGAGCAACAGCAACAGCAAUAACUCAAACAUAGCUCCGUACAACUUUAUGCUGCAACAACAAAUCAUGCAAGCAGCGCUCGCUAACGCCGCAAGUGGCAGAGUGCCAAUGAUGCAACCCAGUGUUCUACAACAGGCGCUCGCGAUUGUAUCGGCCAACAAUUGGAACAUGGAAAAGACGGAAAACCGCACGGAAGUUCCGGCCAUGGAAAAACGACGGGAUUCAGGAAACCACGCCAACAAUCCUCAAAACGAACCGUUGGAUCUUUCAGCUAAGAAAAGAAACGAACGAGUUUCGGAAUCCGGUAUCCCUUCUUCAGCUGUAAUGACGACACCCAACACUGCAGUUCAAGCAUUUCAGCAGAUGAUCCGUAACAAUGCAAUGUCAUCGAAUGCGUUCACGAGCCUCUUUCCCGGUGGAAUCCCACUAAGUCCACAAACACUGACCAGCCCAGCCGCCUUAUCGCCGCCAAUACCCCCCGAAGUAUUGUACGCACAACAGCUACAGCAUUAUCUAUCCUCUGGAUUGUACCCGUUAGAUGGCGCCAAUGUUUUACGAAAUCAAAUGAACCAAUCAGCUGCAAGCAACUUCUCGGUCAAGCGAGGUCGGCCAAAGAAGAGGUCGUUUGGAGAUGCCAACUCGCCAAAUCGCCUCAAUCCGAACAAACAGUUUCUGUACGACUCCAUGCCAACUCGACGUGGGCCGCCAUUUUCCGAGCGAGACAUCGGCUUCUCACUGUCUGGUCCGCGGCAAAAUGGCGACCGACUUUCGGCGGCAGUACCUCAUAUUUCCCCGAUGCCAACAGACAUGCCGUACAAGUGUGACAUCUGCGACAAGUCAUUCCAAAAACAAAGCUCCCUUACAAGACAUAAAUAUGAACACACAGGCAAAAGACCCCACCAUUGCAACGAAUGCGGGAAGUCGUUUAAACACAAACAUCAUCUUAUUGAACAUCAGCGGCUUCAUAGCGGGGAAAAGCCGUAUCAGUGCGAUAAAUGCGGGAAGCGCUUUUCACAUUCCGGCUCGUACUCCCAACAUAUGAACCAUAGAUAUGCUUAUUGCAAGCCAGAAGAUGCGAUAAUGCAAGAAUUACGUCAGCAGAUGAAAAAGAACGGUGACGUCACAUCACCAAGUCCAAACGUAGCCCCAAAGCAGAAAAAACGAAGGACUUCCCCACAAUCUCCAUACAACGCAGAGGCUCCCCAAACCGGGAAUUCCCCAUCGCGUAACCACUUGCCUUCUUUCUUCGGUGGAUUCUUCGGGAAAGACGCGAUAGAGACUCCGCUAACAAAGGCUUCUGUUUCCGACGAAACACCGGCUGCAAUCUAUGAAAAGUUGAUGCUACAAGCACAAGAGAAACUUCGCAUAUCCAGUAUUUAUUCAGGAAGUUCUUCACACGACCUAACCAGCGACCCUAACAGUAGCGGAGAUGAAAAAUCUGUGAAACGAAGCAAGACUGAGUCCCCAGUCAAAAAAGAUUUUGAAGAGUCAGCGACACCAAGCGAGGACAAUAACUCGAUUAAACAGUCGCAAGGUGGCGCGUCACCUUUUAAUUCUACUUCACCUCGCAAAUCAAGCGAAGACAAGAAAACAAAUUUCAUUUCUGCCUCUGACGUCACAAUUUCACCUUCUACGUCACCAUCACAUUCUAUUAUGUCGUCAUCGCCGCAAGAAAUGUCGAUAAUUGCGCCGGAAGACAGCCAAGUCACGCUGAAAGGUUCUGCUUCAUUUCUUCACAUUCCAGUUGCCGCUGACCUUUCAUGAAAGGUCAUGAUGCAUGGUCCCUACGUCAUGGUUAUGACGUUUUCACUUCAUGCUUUAUAUUCGUGAAUAUUAUUUGUUCUUAGUACGACGCCUUUGUUUUCUUCAACAUUUCGUUUCUUCAUCCCCUCGCGCGCGCUGUACAUAUUGUUACGUCAUAAUUUUCGUGCUGCCUAAUUUCUUCACUGUUCGCCUACGUCAUCCGAAUUGCGUCAUCACUAAUUACGUCACUGCGUUCAUAUUCUUCACUAAUUCCGGCUUGCCUUUUUUAUUACGUCAUACGCGCGUCAACCAAGUGCCUAUUUGCGCAGGGGAACCCCCAUUCUUGCAUGACGUCACAUAUAAUCGAGCACUGUUUCGUCACACUUGCCGUACGUUCACGCCGCUUCAUGUAUUGCAUGGGAUUUUCGGAUUGUUUUUUUGCACCCCGUUUUUGUUCACCUUGCGCAGAUUUUGUUGCAGAACUUUUAGAGUUGCAAUUUUUUUCCUUGCGGAUCUCUCGAUUAAGUUGCAAUUAUUACGAUACGCAGAUAAUGCGAAAGAUCAUAGUACGUUUCUUUGUUGAUGCAAUAUUUUUUUUUGUAUUUUGAUGUCACACACAGCAUUCCUGAACAAUAAGAAACAAACAAUCAAACGUCAUAAAGGAACAUUGUUAAUCAAAUUGACAUUUUAUAUAAGUGUACCAACAUUUGGAAAAAAGUGACAUUUGGUGCUGCUUGCUGAUAAUAUUGUGACAAAUUUGUAAAUACUGAAACUUGGGCCAAGAUUUUACAUUAUUUCUAUUGUACCAGAUCAUGCAUAUUUACCGCACAAUAAAAAGAACUAACAGGA